CAGGGAACAGGACAGAGAAAGUUGGGGUGUGUGUGUCUUGGCGCUGUCAGCUGGGGGGUGGGGAAGGAUGUCAGAGAAAGUAGCCAGUGCUUUCAAACCCUUUCUCACAGCCAGAGCCUUAGACUGCAGAGAGUUGAGGGCAGUUCUUUCCAUGAAGCUUAAAACACAGGGUGUCCUGUCGGUCAGGGCAAACUUGGGACCUCAAAGCUCCUACUGCACAUCAUUGCCCCCUGGAGACCGCCAUGUUGCAGAAGGUGGAGCCACUUAGCAAACAAGCCAGGCACUCCGGUCAUUGUGACCCAAGCCUUGUCCACUGUUUGUCAGCAAAGUGCUCCAAGAAUUUGAAUGAAAAGAAACUCGUGGAAUGACUGCCUCAGGGAGAGCUGGAGGCUGGGUCCUGAUUCUGACUGCCACUGGGUCAUUUUGUGAUCUUUGCCUCUCUGGGCCCCAACUAUUUUCUUCAUAAAAUAGGACUGAACUACGUGAUUCCUGCCUUUCUUUAGUUUGCAGUCCAGAGCACCAAACCUACAAUUCUGAUCACAGCUACACUCCACGAGACUCUUGAGUUUUCAUUACAAAAAUCUGAGUUUUCCCUACUACUGAUAGCUAUUCCCUUUAGAAGACACCCAUGAGAUGGCCGCGGUGAUACUUGAAAAGAAGGGAAUUGGGAGAGAAUGAAGUCAGGCGGAGGCAGGUGGGAGGUCCAGGCUGGUGUCUGGAGUGGUUCUUCACACAAUGCUCAGACCAAGACAGAGUUGUCACUUGGAGGGGUCUUAAAAGCAUCCACCCAACCUUGUCACUUGACAGAUGUGAAGGCUGAGAGGUUCGGUGCUGUGAGAACUAGAAUCUUGGCCUGCCAGUGUGGUGUCUGCUGCUCUCCCUGCUCCAUUGUGUUACUAUUUCUGCCUGAAUUUUGUUAAAGCAGCUCAAAACCCUGCCUUUGGAGGGUCCUUCUUCCUUUGAAUCUUAUUCCUCCUCUGUUAAAACAAGGCUACUUCAAGGAAAGUCUACUUUGUUAAGAUGUCUUCCAAGCAUAAACAUGCUGAAUUCUUACGUCAUCUCUCUUCUGAAUCCUGACCCGGAUAGAAAUAGCUUCAGCAUACUAAGCCUGUGACAGGAUCCGCACAGGAAAGAUGGCACUUGAUGGGGACGUGGGCAGAGGUCCAUGAUUCAGUGGACAUCAGGGUGCUCCAAAUGCAUUCCAAAUGUCUCUGGUGUGUUGCAGUACAAUUUACAGACAGCAAAAUUUACUCUUUCAUGAACUAAAAAAAAUUCUCCUUAGCUGACAGGAAGUUCUGCCGGGGUUGUCUAAUAUAGAGAAAAUUGAAGUCGUGGGAUGUAGAGAACAUCAGCUUACACUGCCUACAUUCCCUGUGGUGGUGAAGAUUGGUCAUGCUCACUCAGGCAUGGGCAAGGUCAAAGUGGAAAAUCACUACGACUUCCAGGACAUUGCUAGUGUGGUGGCCCUCACCCAGACCUAUGCCACAGCAGAACCCUUCAUUGACGCCAAGUAUGACAUCCGGGUUCAGAAGAUUGGCAACAACUACAAGGCUUACAUGAGGACGUCCAUCUCAGGGAACUGGAAGACAAACACUGGCUCUGCGAUGCUGGAGCAGAUCGCCAUGUCAGACCGGUACAAGCUCUGGGUAGAUGCCUGCUCUGAGAUGUUUGGUGGCCUGGACAUCUGUGCAGUCAAAGCUGUACAUGGCAAAGACGGGAAAGACUACAUUUUUGAGGUCAUGGACUGCAGCAUGCCACUGAUUGGGGAACACCAAGUGGAGGACAGACAACUCAUCACCGAGCUAGUCGUCAGCAAGAUGAACCAGCUACUGUCCAGGACUCCUGCUCUGUCUCCUCAGAGACCCUUAACUACCCAGCAGCCACAGAGUGGAACACUUAAGGAACCGGACUCCAGCAAGACCCCACCUCAGCGGCCACCCCCCCAAGGGGGCCCUGGGCAACCCCAAGGAAUGCAGCCCUCAGGCAAGGUGCUGCCUCCACGUCGGCUCCCUUCGGGACCAUCACUGCCACCUUCUUCCUCUUCCUCCUCCUCCUCUUCUUCCUCUUCCUCGGCUCCUCAGAGGCCGGGCGGCCCCACCACCACCCACGGAGAUGCAUCCUCCAGCAGCAACUCCCUGGCAGAGGCCCAGCUACCCCAGGCUGCUCCACCACAGAAGCCCCAGCCUCACCCACAGCUCAACAAGUCGCAGUCCCUGACAAAUGCGUUCAGCUUCUCUGAGUCCUCCUUCUUCCGGUCUUCAGCCAAUGAGGAUGAAGCCAAAGCGGAGACCAUCCGGAGCUUGAGGAAGUCCUUUGCCAGCCUCUUUUCAGAUUAGCUCUCCAGAUACACGAGGGCGCCCGGCCCGACCAGGAAAGGCAUCUAAGACAUUCACCAACAACAGUCUGCCAUGUUUGGUGGCCAUGUCCCAUGACUUGACAUGUGUGGCCCUUCCUCUGCUCCUUUGUGCUCAGUAAUUUGUGCAGCCCAGAAAUGACCAGGUGACAGUCUCAGGGCAGGUGCCUACCCUGAGAGGGACCGACAGGAGAGGAAAGGGCUGUUUCCCUGUAGUCGUAAGAGCUUUAUUCUGAAGUCAUUGCCAUUGUGAAUUUAGUGGCCUUAUUGUGACAGAGCCAUCGUGUCUUAUUCUCCCCUGUGAAGCCAGGACCUCUGGAAUGGAGGACUCCUGGCAGCUUAACCCAGCUCAGACGCAAAACUCAGCAUGUCCUUGUAGUCAGUGCUACCUGUGGGAAGAAUGUACUUACCUAGAAGUAAUAUCGGCUCUGAGUUUUAGGAACUCCCCACCAAAAGCUGGGUGUCCUGCGGCACCCGUGGAAAGCACACUCACCUGACCCUGCCCUCCCUACACUGUUGUGGUGGUGAAGUUCCUUGUGCCCGUUGAAACAAGAGAAUAAGGACUGCAGUGUCUCCUCUCCCCUUCUGGAGAGCAGUCCUGGUGUGUGAGCUGCAGUAACCUUGACCUCCCAAAGCUGUGCUGUAGAAGAGAAUGCAUGCCGCUAUAACAGCAGUCCGCCAACCUUUGUGUCCCUCACCUAAUGAAUGUCAAGACCUUGGUGUAAUAAAAGCAGCAGCAUUAACUGGCA